GACAGAAAGGAAAAACAGCGGGCUUGUUUGAAACAGGAAAGCGUUUCGGUAUCUAUUGACAACGCCGUGAUUCAGUGAGAAAGUUUGUUUUGGUUGUUUGUACAAACGUCUCCAAACGGUCCAUUUAAUGGAUGGUUAAACUCUACAGUUGAAGCACGCAGUGACGAUGUGCUAACUUAACGCGGAAGGCUGUCGACGGUAGACGAUAAACGGAAUAUAUGUUAGGUUGUUUGUUAACUAACCUAAGUGGCUAACGUUAGCUAAGAUAGCUAAGUAGCUGCUGCUACAGUGUUGAUAUCCGGCUGGUUGGGAAGUUAUCGAAACAGUCCCAACAUGUCCUCAAAAGAUGACACUCGCCUCCUGGUUUUGGAGGAGCAGGUGACGAGUUUAUCAGAUGAGCUCAUGCAAUGCCAGGCAGACAAGGAGUUUGUGUGGUCCCUAUGGAAACAACUGCAAGUGGCAAAUCCCGACUUGACCCAGGCUGUCAGUUUGGUGGUUGAGCGUGAGAAGCACAAAGCUGAGUUCAAGGACAGAAAAGUGUUGGAGAUCCUCCAGUCCAAAGACUACAAGAUUCAGGAGCUGGAACAGAAAGUGACAGGGCAGCAGCAGGAGAUUAACAACUCGGGACAGAGGAGGACGGCAGUGGACGAGGAGAGUGCCUUAAUGAAGAAGGAUCUGACAGCUCUGCGUGAACAACUGGUCAAUAACAGUCAGGAACUUAAGGAAAUGAAGACGGAGUGUAGGAGGAAAAAGAAGGAGGAGCGGCAGGUGGUGCAGGCUCUAGAGGAGGAGAAAGGGGGAUUAACCUCCUGCUGUGCCGCCCUGCGAGCUGACCUGGAGGAGAAAGAGAGGCAGGCUAACAGCCAUCAAGACCAGAGGGAUGCUGCCCAGGACAGAGUCAAGGAGUUGGAGGAGGAGCUCCACAAUGCAUGUCAGGAGUUGUCCAGCUUGAAGAGCCACAGUAGCAGUCUAACGGCUAGGCUUUCUUCCAAAGAGAGGCAGCUAGCAGAAAAAGAGGGGCAACUCAAUCAACUUCGUUGUGAGUUCACAGAGGUGCAGACCCUGUACAGACAGAGCACAGAGCACGCAGCAGAGCAGAGCCAUCUGAUCAAGCAACUGGAAGGACUCAACCUAGACACUCAGAAAGUCCUGAGGAACCAAGAAGAGGCUCAUACUGCUGACACCAGCUCCUGUCAGAGGCUGUACAAGGAGUUGAGCCAGUGCUACCAGGCCCUGGUGUCUAGUGAGGGCAACCUCCGCCAGAGUCACCAGAAGCUCAGCAGCCUGCUGGCUCAGAAGGACCAACACAUCCAGCAACUCCAGGCCCAGCUGCAACAGCAGCAGCAGGAACAGACACAACUGCAGCAACAACUGCAGCAACAGCAGCAACAACAACAACAACAACAACAACAGCAACAGCACCAGCAGCAACAACAGCAGCAGCAACACCCCUCACCAAAUAGACAAACCAACUUUAAGGCAGUGAUGUCAGAGCAGGUUGAUGCUGCAGCUCAGAGGUCGAGCCCUGAUUCUGACUGGGCCCCCAGCCGAGGCUCAGAUCCCAGGCCAGAGGAUCAGACCCGUCAACAGAGGUCCACCAGUUCCGUCGGAGGAAAGCAGGGUGCACCGGUGCAGCGAUCCAGGUCUUUGUCCCCAGCCAGCAGUGUGGAGUUGGUUAGCAGGAAGAGAAGAGGGGCAGAACAGAGGAUUCAAGACCUUGAGAAGCUGCUGCAAUUGAAGAUGGAGGAGAAUGAAGAGCUGAAGAGGGCUCAUGAUACGCGGCGUGAACGCCUGUGUCUGAUUCAAACCCACUACAAGGCAGUCCGAGGCCAGCUGAAAGAGAUGGAGAAAUCAAAGGGCUUGCCAGGACGGAGGACGCAGCGUGCAGAACCGUGGCAGCUGAGACAAGAGAACAGUGAUGCGGUGUGGAAUGAGCUGGCCUACUUGAAAAACCUCACCAGGAAACUCUCUAUUGAAAAAGCCGGCGUAGAAGAGGAGCUGGACAUGCUGCGAGUCCAAGCUGCUAUGGACCGCGCCACCGUGAAGGAGCUCCACUUGUGUCUUGCUAAUGAACACCAAGAAUUGCUUCACAAAGUGCUGGAGGAGCGCCAGGUCAAAAGCAGCACACCGAAAAAGCUUUCUGUCUCUUCAGAGCGAAUGGAACAGUCAUUUAAAAAGAUAGAACAUCUGGAGCGGAGGAUGGUGUCCCUGGAGGAGGAGACCGAGGGGCUGAGGGAAGAGAACGAGCAGCUACUUGAGGCCAAGGAAGACUUGGCCCACAAGUGCCGCAGACUGCAAGCCUCCCUGGAUCAUCUGCAAACCCAGGAAGCUGUCUGUGAAGAGGCGGCCCAUGCCCAGGCCCAGGCCCAGGCCCAGGGGAUGCGCCAUCGCAGCGAGAUCAUGGCUUUAGAAGGCCGGCUAGCUGCCUCUCAGAAAGAGGCUACCAAACUUCAUCAUCAGUUGCUGAAGCUGAAACCGGAUCUAGGGAUCCUCAGGGCAGCCAGGGACUUCUACAGGAAUCGUGCAGCAGCAGCACCAGCACAGGCAGGUGCAAUCCCAAGCAACAUUAGCUGGAAGGUCAAAUUCAAAACAACUAGGCUCAGAGGUCCGUUACACCAGUGCAGCCACCGAACAGUCAGCCCCAAUCAAGCCAUCAGCUGGCAAGGCCGCAGCCCGAGUCCCACUAAGGACGAGUGGGAGGAUAUGAGCGUCGAUAGUGAUGAAGAGUACGAGGACAGUCUCAACAGUGUGGCCGCAGGGACAAUGCCUUCCAGACAACGCUCGGACAAAAAGUCCUGCAGGUGUUCACUCGUCUCGAACACAGCGGCACCGGCAGCAAAAUCCCACAGAAAACAACCCGAUGUUCUGGCCCGAGACGUUGAACAGCAUGAGCCCUGGGACCGAGGGACGGGAGGAGAGGAAAGGAGGUGGAGGAGGAAGAAGAGGAUGCUAAUGAAGACCCAGCACUACUCCUCCUCUUCUCUGCAGCAGCGCGUAGAGUCCCUGCAGCAUCACAUUGACAUACUGCGAAGUGCCAGGAAAGACGCUUUGCUUUCUGCCAGAGAGCUGCGGCGGGCCAAUGAGAAGAUCACGGCACAACUCAACUCCCUCACUGAGAAACUCUGCAGCAGCGAGCAGCUCACACAGAAGCUGACCUCUGACCUGGCUGGUAAGGCGCAGCAGAAAAAGGUUCUGGAGAUGGAGCUGGAACAGUGGAGGCAGAUCACGUUACCCCAACAAACUGUACCAGCAGCACCAGUACACACACAGUGCUCCUGCCUGGGCAGGACCAUGCCCGCCCCAGCUAAUCCGGCCUCCCAGUCCCUGGAGGCUGAGGUCAAACAACUUCAAGCCAGACUUAAGAGUGCAAGUGCGGAGGUCACAAAGCAGGUGGCAGCUAACAAAGCCCUGCGAGGCCAACACCAGGAGAAGGAGGACAAGCUCCGUCAGCUGCAGGACAAGGCGAGUCACACAGAGCGCGAUGUGACCAUGAAGAGGCAGCUGGUGGAGGACUUGAAGACGAGACUGAAGUUCCUGCAGGAGAUGGAGAAAAGUUACCGUGAACAGGUGGAGGAGCUGGAGAAGAAGGGGAAGACUUUAUUAGAGGAGGCCACCAACAGGAAGGCCCUCGUUGAUUCUCUGAAGAGGCGACUGAAUGUUGCAACCACAGAGAAAAGCCAGUAUGAAACCUCCUGUAAAAAACUGAAGGAGGACCUGGAAAAUAAGGAGCAGCGCAUGCAUGCCUUGCAGACUCGAGUGGGAGCCAGUGAGCAGGCUCUGGCGGCACUGGAACAGACAGCCACUGAGCAAAUGGAGGGGUUGACCCAGCAGAGCUCCCAUGCCUUGGACAGGAUUCAGAGACAGCUCAGCCAAGCCUUCUCCCAGCUGGAGCAGCUUCAUUCUUUCAUCAAGGCCCUGGCCAGUGAAAUACUUUUAGACGUUCAAGAGGUCAAGCAGCAGUUGAUGAAGAGGAGGAGGUUAAGGCAGGCCAAUGCUGUGGCAGCAAAGGGCCGCCUCUCAGCCAAGUCUAUGAUCAAAGCCAAGUCCAUCGCUGCCUCCAUCCUCGAUAUGUCAGAGAAUGAUCUUGCGGACAUAAUGGAUGCUGACCAGGGAGCAGAGCACCAUUCAGAGAGUCCAAGAGACCAGGAGUGGCUGGACCACCUCAACCACAUCCUCCAGCAGAAGAUCCCCUCUGCCGGCCAGCUAAUGGAGGCUGUGCGCGUGAAGAUGAAGGAGAGGAAAGUGCUGACAGAAGAGCUGGCCACGCUCGUAACACCAGUCAGCGAAAAAGCCUGACUCCCUGGGCUGAGGCUGGGAAAACUGUCAUCCUCUUCUUUUUCUCCCUCCCUUCUUCUCUCCCUCCCCAGUUCUUACUCUGUGGGAGCUGGGCUGAGCCAAGCUGAGCCGGGGUAGCAGAACCAAUAUUUGUAAGAAAAGCGCUGUCGACUCACUCUGGUCCACUGGCUCGACUCAGCAGCCUGGCUUUUGUAAAUGAGCCCUCGACAUCUGUGUUAGCGCUCAGUGCCCUAUGUCUACCAGACAGUGGCCCUUUAGCACCGAGCUAAUUUAUAAUGCAGCCACUCUCAACGCAGACCUGGGGUGAUAAGGCAAAUGCUUACUUUAAUGUUUAAGUUAGACUUUUUUUUUCUUUUGCUCUCUUUUUACCUCUCUCCCUAAUUUAUGAGGACCUUGGGGUGCAGGGACUUGACCUCGUAAUGCCAAGUCAACACUUUGAGAAAGUCAAGUGUGCAGCACAGAGGAGUUGGAUCCAUUUAUCAGACCGUAUACUGCACUGCUCUGAGAGAAAACAUUUAACGAUUGAAGUCCACUAAACUAUAUUCAUCAAAUGCACUGAAGGAAAUGAUCUGUAUGACAUGUAUUCAAUUUGUUAUAGCUUCUGAACUAGCAUUACAAAUAUUCGUUGAUAAUGUAUUACUUAAUUAUGUUAAAUAUCAAUGAUUUCUGCUGAAAAGCUUUUCUAAAUUUCAAAAUAAAAGCCCAUUUCUCUUU